AUGGUACGUGCUGAGAUCGACACCGGAGCUCCUUUCCGGUCUGUUAAAGAGGCUGUCAUUCUCUUCGGCGAAAGGAUUCUUCUCGGAGAUAAUUACAUCAAUAAGUCCGGAGAGAUAAACAAUGGAGAGAACGAAGUAAGAAGCAAAAGCAUAGAAGCUGAGCUUGAUGAAGUAAAGGAGAAUCUAAAGAAAGCAGAAGAAGAGAACAAGGUUUUGUCUCAGCUCCUCGCAACCCUCACACAAGAGCUUGAAAUGACUAAGGAAAAGCUAAGCCACUCGCUCAGAAAAUUCCCUGAACACCCUCAAGUUGAAGAUGACCUCAAAUUUGUAGAGCAAUCCAGGGUUAUUGAAACGGAUAGCAUAACCGCAAUCCGGUUUGAUCAAAAUGAAGUGUAUGAUGAGGAUCGUUUGGAGAGGAGGCGUUCGGUGAAGUUCGCGAAUCCACCAUUGUUAACAAAAGUCAUUGAGAGCAAAGAGGAGAAGAAGAACCAAGUUAUGGUGAAGAAGCAGGCCAAGAAGCUGAAGCCAUUGGCUGCUUGGUUCUUUGCAAGAAACCGGUCUAGUUAACCAUUUUAGCAAAAUCCUUUGUCUCACGUUUACUCAUAUAUGCCUUACGAAUUCUGAAAUAAUAUCCCGGCCCCAAAACUAAUGUUCUUAGUUUGGGGAUUCAUUCAACUUAAAUUUGUAACAAUUUUCUUGUCGAUGUGCAAGUAAUUACAUAGACAAACGGAUCAUGUCAAAUGUUUUAAGAGAUUUU